AUGAGCCCAUUUUUACGAAUUUUAGCGCUAACCUUUGUCUGUGAUACCCUCUUGUUUGCUCAAGACAAUGAAAAAGGAUUGCUUCGAUCAAAGAGACAAACAUUUUAUUAUCUUUGUGGAAAUCCACCGAAUCAGUACUAUUCAACAACACCCUGUACCCCGAAUCCCCCUCGUUGUCAGAAUGGCGGUCGAUUGAUCGGUGUCGGGUGCAAGUCAUCAAUCGAUUGUACACCAUUUCACUCAGGCACAUCGCAAUGCAUCACCGGUUGUUGCUGUACUAUUCCUCCACCCACUCGACCGCCAGUCAAUCAGAAUUUCGGUAUUUGCUAUCACGGCCAACUGUCUGAAGUCGUCUGCAGCCGUAACAAUCAAUGCGCUUCCGGGCAACUCUGUAUGAAUGGAUUGUGUUGUACAGCUACGGGAAACGCCUUUGAACAUGCAUGCGGAGGAGAAGCAGCUUUAGGGUCAUGCAAUCGAUUUGGAACAUGUUCGAUAGGUGAAACGUGCGUCUCUUCAAACUAUUGUUGUGAGUGUGCUGUCGGUAUUUCGCCAGGUCGAUGCACGAAUUCGGGUGUUUGUCCUCUCGGCUAUCAAUGUAACUCAAAUGGUUUCUGUUGUGGUUCUUGUCCGGGAAAUGUGAUGCCAUUUGGGGCGUGUCUGAAUGGAAAAUGUGGCGGUGGAAGGACAUGUCGACCAGGAAAUAUUUGUUGCUCUUCA